AUGGCCGCUGAUCUCGAAAGACAUCUUCAGGAGCUGGUCGACACAAAGAAAAUCCCCAACGCGAUCCUCUACGCCAGCGACGCAACGGGCGACCUCUCAUACCACAGCGCCUUCGGCUCCUCGUCCCCCGUCCCCGGCUCGCCACCCCUCACUGAAGAUGUCUACCUCUGGGCAGCCUCAUCCACCAAGAUCUAUGUCAGCAUCGCGGUCAUGAAGCUGGUUGAGGAGGGCCGCCUCAGCCUCGAUGACGCAGUUGACGCCCUCCUCCCCGAGCUUGCCGCGCUCAAGAUCCUCACCAACAAGCAGCCGCCCUGGGAGUACAAGGACCCGGAGAGCAAGAUCACCUACCGCCAGCUCCUCUCGCACACGUCUGGUCUCACCUACUUCUUCCACCACCCGCACACGAUAGCAUGGAAGAUGCAGCACCCCACCCCCGGCGGCGACGUCCCCAGCAGGUUCGGCUACCCCCUCAUCUCCGAACCGGGCACGUCCUGGGAGUACUCGUGCGGCCUGGACUGGGCGGGGCUGGCCGUCGAGAGGACAGUCGGCACGACGCUGAGCGCGUACCUCCAGCAGAUCCUCGCGCCCGCGGGCGUGGAGCCCGAAGACCUGACCUUCUUCCCGCUGGACCUCCCCGCCUCCGCGCGCGUGGCGACGAUGGCGCAGCGCACCGAGGACGGCGGGUUUACCCCGGGUGACCAGGGGAUCCCGCCGCUGCCGGCAAAGGGCGAGAGUUUCUGCUACGGCGGCCACGGUGGGUUUGUGCGCGGCGGCGCUCCCAUAAAGGUCCUGCGGAGCCUGUUGGCCGACGACGGCAAGCUUCUCGGCCCCGCGGCGGCGGCGGAGAUGCUCCGGGCGCAGCUCACCCCGGAGCAGAGGACCUCGAUCAACAACGGGCUCAUGUACACGGCGCCGCCGUUCGAGCGCACCGCCGCCCGCGGGGUGAAGAGGGGCACGAUGGACCACUCGCUGUGCGGGAACGUGGACGUCGAGGGACAGCCUUGGGGAAGGGGUAGGGGGACGGUCAUGUGGGGUGGUGCGCCGAAUAUCAAGUGGUUUAUUGACCGUGAGAAGGGCCUAUGUGGUUUCUUUGGCGCGGCGUUGUUGCCUAGUGGUGACCCGACUUAUGUCGAUAUCGAGCUCGAGUUUGAGAAGGCGGUCUACGAGAUGGCUGGUAAAGUGGCGCCUGUGAGCUGA